CUUCUUCUCCUUCUCUCUCACUCUCUCUUGUAGCCGCAAAAACACCAAACCUCUCUUCACUACUAGGUAUCAAUGUAAGAGAGUAUGUGUAACCGGUUGUAAUGAUUGUGUCUAAACCAAAUAUGGAGAUCAAUCAAGAAAGUAAAGAGGUUAAUGCAGAGAUACUAUCGCCUAAAAAAGAGCAGAGUCCUGGAGGAGGAGGAGGACAUGAAGAAUGUGUUAUUACCAGUGCUAAUACAAGUGAAGGAACAUUGACUUCAGUUUCUGGUGGUGAGGAGUUGGAAGUUGAUGUAGUUGAAGUUGAUGAAAACAACACAUCCACCACUGAUGAGGAAGAUCCAAACGCUACUGAAUAUUCAAGCUCGUUUUCCGACACUUCAUCUGAAGAUGCUGACAUGUUGUGUAAUGGACUAGACGAAGAUGCUGAGGUUGAAUCUCAUUAUUGGGAUGAGACUGACUUAGGACCUGCUUAUGAUUCCUUUAGCAGUGUUUUUCAUUUUAGGAAGAAAAGGCUGACAAAUCACUGGAAGAGCUUUAUCAGGCCACUGAUGUGGAGAUCCAAGUGGCUUGAGUUAAGAAUUAGAGAGUUAGAGUCUCAGGCAUUAGAGUAUCCCAAAAAGCUUGAAUCAUUGGAUAAAGAAAAGCAUGGAGCAGCUAAUACUGAUCCAUCUGUGUUGGACAAUGGGAUGAAGUCGUUACCCUUUACUAAUCCUUCUUACAAGAAAAGAGCAGCAAAGAGGAGAAGAAAGCGUAAGAAGGUUGAGAGCACUGAUGAUAUAUCUUCAUAUAUGUCCCAUCAUAACCUUUUUUCUUAUAUUGAGACAAAGAGAUUGAGCUCAGAUGGAAUGUCAGUGGCUGCUGAUGACUUUGGUGCUGCUAAGGAUCCACGAGUUGAUUCAAAGGACCAAGUAGAGUUAGUUGAUGAUGACUCGCUUUUCGAUCACCGAGAAGGAGAUAGUGUUUUAGAAGAGGUUCUCUGGAAGAUAGAGCUGGUACAUUCUCAGGUUCUUAGAAUGAAAAGCCAAGUAGAUGUUGUCAUGUCCAAGAACGCAGCAAGAUUCUCUUCCUCAGAGAAUCUGAGCCAUCUUGCUGCAAGUUCUGCACCUAGCCCAACGGUUUCUGCUGGAGGAGAUGUGAUCUCCGCUGGAGCUAUUUACAACCCUUCACAGCAUAUGGCAGACUAUGUUCUUGGAGAUUUAAUGUUCUCAUCAGAAGGAGUCAUAUCUAGCUACGGAGAUGGGUUUCAUAUUCCUGACAUAAUCGAAAGUACUGUUGGUCUGUUUGCAGAUGCAGAUGUUACAUUACAUCAUCCUCACAUUGGUGACUCUUGUGAAGAUAUUUUGGAUAAUAUCUUGAUUCGAAAUGGAGUGGCUGAAGAGAUGAAUGGUGAUUUGAUGGAAACUAGUAGCCAUGAAGAAGGUGAGAAAGGAGAGGAAGGAGAAGGAACUAAUGUGUCACCAUUGCAGCAAAUUCAAGAAACAGAACAAGAUUUCCAAGAAGACAAAUCAUUGGUGCUACAAGAUUCGGUUCUGAGGUCAUGUUUAGCUUCUGAGAUGCUUGUUGUUCCUAGGAACAAAAGGACAAGAGGUGGAGAACGUAAAGCUAGUUCUUGGUGCAAGAAACAUCUCAGUGAUCCUGAAAGCCAGUGAUUGCUGGAAUAAGAAACUCAGUAAGCUUCUUAUGAUCAGUCUUUCUUCAUUGUUGCAGUGACUAUUUCUACUUCAGUCUCUUGCUUCUGAAAACUUCUCUUUGGUCUUUUUUUUUAUAACUUCCUUUCUUUCACAUUCUGUGUGUUUGCAGAACAUGCAACUUUGUUUUUCUUUUCUUAUCAUUUUCUUCUUUAGCUUAUUUUCUAUUUUAUGAAAAAGUUAGAGAGAAGACACAAACCGUGUAUAAUAAAGCUUUUUGAUUACAAGUUACUAACAUUAAGUCUUGUUUGAAAAAACAUGUGAAGGCUUAUGCUUUCUGUAAUUAUUUUAGGUAGA